UUUCUUUGCUGCUGUGUAGGGUUUUCGCCCGCAUCGCUCAAGUUGUCGUCUUCGAGCUCUCAUCCAAUCUCCGUCUCUUCGCCGAUUCAAGAUCUUAAAGAGAUGGGUUACACAAAGGCUCAGCUGCUAGAUCGCCUCAGGGAACUUCAAAUUGAUUUUGAUUGCUAUGAUCACCCUGCUGUGCUGACUGUCGAAGCUGCGGGAAAGCAUGUUGGGCAUUUGGGAGGCGCAUUUUGUAAAAACUUGUUGUUAAAGGACAAGAAACAUAGAUUUUACGUGGUCUCCGCUUUGUCUGGCACUAAUAUCGAUUUAAAAGUUUUAUCACAACGACUUGGUUUGGGAAAAGGAGGUUUGCGGAUGGCUCCUGAAGAAGCUCUUCAAGAGCUACUCCAGGUGCCACUGGGAUGUGUCACUCCAUUCGCGUUGAUCAAUGAAUCGGCACGAACUGUUUCAUUGUUGUUGGAUCAAGGACUCAAAGCUCAUGAAUGUUGUCUCUUCCACCCACUCUCUAAUGAUUCAACAAUAUCACUCAGCCCCAGCAGCCUUGACAAGUUCCUGACUUCAAUUGGGAGAAAGCCAUCAUAUGUAGACCUGGAGGCUAAUACAAAGGUUGGAAAGGAAAAUCCACCCGAUCUUGCUGACCUUGUCCAGUCUGAAGUUUCCUCUUUGUCAAGUCAAAUGGAAAAGGUAGUUUCUAUUCAAAACAAUGUGUCUGUGGGGAAGUCUAGUGAUCUCACAGAAAGUUCAAUUCAAAUGGAGAAGGCAGUUUCUGCUCAAAACUGUGCCGUUGGAAAGAAGUCUACAAACCAUACUGGUGCCGCCAGCAAAACAAAAGCAACUCCACAGAAGUCCUUAAACACUUCAAAUGCCUCAAAUGACGCAGCUAAUGUUGCAAAAUUUGUCAGAGAAGUUAUUGAUAAGACAGCUGCAGUUGUUCUAUCCGAGAUAAACAAGGCAGAUGAUCAAAAGAAAGAAAGUCAUGAUUCUUCGGUGGUGGAUGCAGUCAGGAAGCAAAUCACCUCGGACUUGGAGAACUUGACUGUGAUUCUAAAGAAUACCGCAUAUACCCAAGGAUUCCAGGCUGGUCUUCAGAGUUCAUUACCACGGAAAUUGGGGUAGAUGAAAAAGCCUAUACAUGUCAUAACUUCUACCAAAAAGAUUUAUUGCCAUUGAUAGAAUUCUUCUUUCAUCUAUAAGAUAGGCGCUACAGUAUUGUGUAGAGUAUUUUUUUAAACCAUCUCAUUUAGUCAUUUACUGUUCUUUCUGAACAUUUGUUUCAUUGAUAACUAUUUGACAACUCUUGAGAAUUUUAUGAUUUCACCGGGAUUAUACUGUAGCAUAGAGGUGUUUAAGGUGAUGUAUACAGGGUUGAUAUACAUGGCUACAUCA